AUGCGCCGUCCGUCGCCCGACCUGUCCGAGCUCUCGCGCAAUCUUCAAGAGUCAAACGGCCCUGACUCGGACGAGACUAUGGAUCUCGACCUCGACCUGGCCAUGCCUCCCGCAGACGACGACGCCCGGGAACAAGAAGACCGCGUCUACACGCCGCCCCCUCACAUUGCCGCCCGCUUCUAUCGUCCCUCACAGGCGCGCCGUAAGGGCUCGGCUGCUUCCUCGCGCCGCAACUCCAUUUCGUCCGCCCACUCUCGAUGCUCGUCCAUCCAUCACCCGGCCUCCCGCGAGGCGGACCAGAGCAAGUAUGUCGCCCAGCACCUGCGCCGCGCGUCUUUCCUCGAGGACCGUCGCGCUCGCUUGGCCGACAGGGCUGCCCAUGCCGAAAAGGUCCGCCUGCGGGCUGCCCUAGCCAAGGCGGCCCCACGCGGCCAGUCGUCGUCCGAGGAACGGGCCCUCGCUGCACAGCAGGCAAGGGAGCGCAACCUGGCCGAGAUUGUCGCCAACUGCGCCGAGGAGGUGAGAAAGGCCAAGCAGGUGGCUGAGCUGACCAAGGAGAAGCGCGAGCAGGAGAUGGUUACCAUGAGAACAAAGAUGGAGGAGCGCCUGGCCGAGGCCGAGAGGCGGCGCGAGGAGAUUCUGAGCAAAACCGCAACCAUGCGCACCCGCGGCCCGAGCCUCGUUGCUCGCAAGCCCGUCGGCGUCGAGGUCCUGCCGCAGGUAAAGGAAAACGACAAGCCUCCGAUGGAUGACGACGCCGCCGUCGCUCGCAUCCAGAGCUGGUGGCGCGGGCGCACAAAGAAGCAAGUCAUUCACGAGUUCAAUGCUCUCGGUCUGUCCGUCGACGGCAUCCGCGACACCUCGUUCGAUGCCGUGGUGGAGCUGCUGGCGCAGGAAAAGGUCCUUCUCAUCACUGCCCGCCUCCUCCGGAUAUGCGGCCUCCAGGAGGGAGCGCCCGGCUCGGUCGAAGAGCUGGCUGCCGUCCGCACCUUUCUGAGUGCCUACCUCAUCCUCGGUCAUCCGAAUCAGGUCCUCAUCAACAAGAAUGAUGGCGGGGGUGACGCCGACGACGACGACGCUCUCGCGGCGCACCGGCUGCCGUCGACGGAUCUCGCCAACCCCCAGCUGCAGGAUCUGAUCCGCAAGGCCAAGGACCUGCUCAUUGCGUUUGAGAACAUGCUGCUGCGCUUGACGUCUUGGAACCGGUACACGAUGCCCCCGACCCUGAAGAAGACGCUCCCCGAGGCCUACGCCGUCUUCUACAACGCCUUUAUUGCGUGGAAGUCGCGCGACUCCAAUGCGCUCAUCGAGGUGAUGCUCAUGCAGUUUGUCGAGCUCGACGCCAUCUUCCAGACGGUCAAGGACACGACCGACGAUGCAGCCACGGCGCUGUACCGCCAAAGCAUCCAAGACAGCCAGCUCAUGCUGAUUGUGCGUAUCAAGAAGCUGGCCGGUGCGGAGAGGGGCAAGAAGAUGAUCUUCAAGGCCGUCAGCGAGGCCCGCAAGACUCGCGGGGCCAAGAAGCAGACGGGGGACACGAAGCCCCGCGUCACCGAAAACGCCUCGGGAGAGGCCACGGCGACGGCCAGCAGUCUCGUCGCGGCCGAAUCGCAGACGCUGACCCCCCCGGCGACGCCGGCGAGCAGGAGCGAGGCCAGGCCGACUGUCAUCAAGUCGGGGCUCAACGGCCUGCUUCCCGACAACCGCGUCGUCGUGCACGAGCUGGCAAUCAACAAGGAGUAUCAGAUCCCGUGGGAGGAGUACGUCGAGCAGCAGGCUGUCCUGGCGCGACCCCUGUACGCGCAGAUGCGAGCUGCCGUGGCCGAGGAAGACGGCGAGGCCAACUUUCGCUUCUUCAUGCUCAUGGCCGGCAACAUCAGGGACAAGCUGCAGCGGCUGCUCAAGCCGGGCAACUCCAUGUACAACCUCAUUGGGGAGAUUCUCGACCCGGAAAUGGCGGAGCGGCAGUUUGCGCUGGGGAGCUUCUCGUACGAAAGGUUCUUCGCCGCCAUGGGCUCCCUCCUGCCCAAGCUGUGCGCUCCAUUCCGGGACGAAGAGGUCAACGACCUGGUGCAGAACCGCCUCGGCGACGGAGACUUGAUCGACCGGGUCGAGGCGCUCAACGGAUUCAUUGACGUGAUGCUCUGCGACUACAUCAACUACCUGCUCCGGAUUGCGGCGCCGCAACUAAUUGAGUCGGCCGCCCAGUACGAGGCCAAGAGGUUCGCGUCGGACAUUGCCGACGCGGGCAUGAGUCUGGCCACUGCCGAGGCGGCCUGGAGGUCUGCCAGGUCCAAGGUCAUGGCCGAGGUCCAGAGGCGGGACCCGGAGGGCAUCGGCCACGCCAAGUCGCAGCCGACUGCGGCGCGGUUCUACGCGCAGAUGCUGGUCGACGUCUUUACGCAGCCGACGCCCAUCGCAGCCGAGCAGGUGCCGGCGAUGCUGCGCCUUGACCUGGGCCGCAUCAACGACGUCUCGACGAUGGCGCAGCGCAUCAUCACGGUGGGCGCCGUCCUGCUGCAGUGCAAGAACCUGCUCAAACGGGAUGUCAGGACGCAGUGGAAGACGGAGGCAUCGCGCAUCAUGGCGGUGCUCGAGGCCAACCACGCCUCGCUCGGCGCCACCGUCGACGGGACCAUGGCGGCCCUCGAGGCAGGGCGAUCGAUGCCCGCCGCCACCAAGACGCACCUGCGCGCCCUCGUGACCAAGGUGCUGAGCGCCGGCCAGGACAUGUCGCAGCAGUCGGCGGAGCCGCGCGAGCCCGUGCUGCGGCUGCUCCUGACGCGACUGCGCGGCAACAUCUUGGCGCGGCUGGCGCCCGGGUCGGCCAGCGAAAAGGUCAAGGCGGCCAACACGGCGGGCGAGAAGCUGGCCAGCCUGGGCCUGUCCGAGUUUGUGGAAAAGGUCAGGCACAUGUCGGACCUCCUCGACAAGGUGGGCGCGGUGGACAGGGCGGCGCACAGCCCCUGGUGGGACGCGGUCGCGACAAAAGUGCAGCAGGAGGAGCUGGAGCCUCCGGCGCAGCAGUCGUGA